AUGUUCUCUGCACAAGAUGCAGUGGAGAACAUGUAUGAGCCCAUGAUAUAUCUUGCAGCACAAAUGCAUCGCAGUGGACAAAGCAGUGAGAUCUACAGUCGUAAAUCGACCAUGUUGGAGUCUAUUACCUAUGCUGCUGCCAGGAGCGAGGCUGCUCGAUUUGGGGUCGAGGACGUGGAAUUCAACUCUCUUAUGCUGCGAUCAUCGCUAGGUCUUGUAAACAUGCCUCCCUUCAACGUUCGGCAUGUGCCUGGAAGCCGGCUUCAUCCUCUUCUGGAUCUCAAGUCUCAGUGUUCUCCGAUCUUCUCACGCAGCUUCAACAUUUUCGGUGCUGGCAUGAUAUUGGUUAAAACAUCGGCAAGCAUCUCUUUGAUUCGACGUACGCAGGUGUGA